GUCGGCCACUGUCUGAUAUAUGGAAGGAUGGCGCAUCUGCCUAUCAUGGGGUCACUGUGGAAGACCUGCCAAAUUUCGGAAUGUUUUACGGGCCGAAUACUAAUCUGGGUGAGUAAUAGACAGUGUCUCCUCGAGGAUCAGAGUUGACAAAAAACAGGUCACAACUCUAUCAUUCUCAUGAUUGAAGCACAGUCUCGAUAUCUGAACGCACUCGUUGGCGAGGUUCUCCGGGCUCGCAGACAAGGACAGAGCUUAGCGAUAAAGCCAAACCCUGACGCGCUGAAAAGGUACAACCGUGAACUGCAGCAGGUGCUUGCGACAGGGAGCUUCGCGGACCCUAAGUGCAGCAGCUGGUAUAAGACCGAAGAAGGCAAGAUCACGAAUAACUGGUCAUCAACUGUCGUCGACUAUCAACGCAAUCUCUCGCAAGUCCGCUGGUCUGAUUAUUUGGUGGAAGGCUCGGCUAAGAAUAAUGCCAGGGCGAGAAAGAUGACGCAUAUAGGCCGGGUACGGGAGGAGUCGUAUUUGAGCAAUGGAUCCCUACUCUUGACUGCGGCAAGUGUGUUUGCGGUGGCAGGGGUGCUUCUUCGCGGUUCUUUGUUGCGGUCUCGUUGAAGAUCGAUAUCAAUGUCUUGCAGGGCGGACCAGCCUUGCAAGGCUGUUAUUUGUGGAUCACUGGAUCUGACAGGAGAAAUUAUUGACUAAGCCUAAUAUGGAAGGUCCUGGUCGGCCUCGGGGGGCUCCAAGCUGGAGUAUAUGAGGUCUCGCCUCUCACAUGUAUGAGUAGAGGAUGUAUGCUCAAUUUUAAACCAUUA